AUGAGUGCGAUAUCCGAUACGGGUUGGCGACCGUUGUUGCCGGUUGUCUCCGGUACGAGUCCCUCCAAUAAAAAGGGCCGAAGUCGGCAGUCAGGCACACCAUGGACUCGUUCGGGCUGCAUUACAUGCAAAAAGCGUCGCAAAGCCUGCGACAAGGCAAAGCCAAGCUGCAAUAAUUGCCUCAAGCAAGGCCGGGCCUGUGAGGGAUAUGGCGAUCUUUGGGUCGCGCCGUUGGGGCCAUCGGCUCAGGUUUUUAAGCAGAUCGAGGUGCCGAAGAGACGGCGACUCAGUGGCUCAUCUCCAUCGCAACCACUAUCGCCAUCGCCAUCUUUAAAUUCCGACUCGUGGCAAGACACAAUGCCAUCGCCCAGGCCGCUCACACCCGGCUGGUCGCUCCCGUCCACCCCGCCAUGCCGAGUCAUCGAUCUUGACGUGGACGAGUCUAGUGAAGGACAGAACUUAUCCGAACAGAAAGUGGACACUUCUCUGCACGUUCAAAAUUCACUCGCUGUUGUACCAAGGCCACAGGGCUUCGUGAGCCAUCUGUCCGGUCAUGAGUCACACUAUCUUCAAUACCAUAUGGAAUUUGGCUCUCGGCUCCUCGCCAACCUCGAAAGCGAGCACAACCCUCUCCGAUCUUUCUUGAUUCCUCGAGCCAUGUCGUCUCCUCUCUUGAUGAAGGCCCUAUGCGCUGUAUCCGCUCUACAUCUGGCAAAUCGUUCAUAUGGCCUUGAGGCACAGACUGCGGCAGCAAGCUUCUACGGCCGGACUCUCAGCGGACUCCGAACAGCACUGGCGGAUGAGAUUCUUUCAGAUGAUGCUGUGCUAGCAGUGGGAUUAAUGUGCAAGUAUGAAAUUAUCCGCGGCAGUGUGAAACAGUGGGUCGUUCAUCUUUCCGCACUGCAACGCUUGAUCGCGUCCCGUGGCGGCUUGGGCUCGAUGGAUCAAGAGGCAGCACAUUUCCUACGAGGAUUAUACGUUUACGCUUAUAACAUGGGACGGAUCAGCAACCGCAAGCGGAUCACCUAUGCCCCAGCAGAUACCGAUAUCGGCACUCCGAGACUUGACAUUUAUAUUGGAUACACGGAAGAAAUCCUGAAUCUGUGUGCACGUAUCGCGGAGCUGCCAUCACUCGAAGGCGAUGAUAUCUCACUGCGCUUAUCGAUCGCAUCCAUAAACGACUCUCUCCUUACGUGGACUCCCUCUUCUAUCCGCUUCAUCAUCCCACAAGAUCUCACACAAGAAACUCUAAGGCGUCUCCAACUCGUUGCAGAAUGUUUCCGCGACGCGGGAUUCAUCUACUUGCACUCAAUCCUCAAACGGAUGAGCAUGAAAGGCUCUCCAAUCCCCCAUCUCGCGAAAGAUACCCCCUAUUUAACUGACUGGUCACCUCUAAUCACCACCCCGAAAUCCACCGCCAUCCAACGCCUCCUCGCACGUAUUCAAACCUUCCCGCUGGAUGAUCACUGCGAGUACUCAGCGCUCACGUUCCCGCUCUUCAUUGCAGGCUGUGAGAGUGACGUCUUCGACCACAGAGACCUUGUGCUCCAGUCACUGGGUAAACUGCAAGUUAAUUUCGGCAUCGGCAAUGUCCGACGCGCGAAGGACGUGCUCGCGAUCCUGUGGGCGAGACAGGACGCUAGUCCCCAAGAUCGAUCCGAUGCUGCGGGUACCAAGCUACAUUGGAUAGAUAUCCUGGAGGAACUGCAAUGGGAACUGAAUCUUGCAUAA